CUAAUCCCAAAAUAAAAUAAUAAAAAUAAUCAAGUAUCAACUACCAUUGGCAUUCGCACCCAAUUGAUGAACACACGCGCCUAUUAGACAGCGAGAGGCUCACUGUCCCUUUCCGGCCAUUUUACCGCCCGAGACAGAUAGCCUUGUUCUUCCACAAAAUGGCCAUCCCCAUGACACGGCUGGGCGACCGCGCCUUCAACCACAGCCCGGGCAACGAUGUUGAGGCCGAGUACGACCGCCUCCGGGAUCUGGCGCGGCAAGAGGCGGCCAAGAAGAGCUCGUGCUUUGAUCGGUCACACCAAGCCUACGAGCGCGGCGACGGCGCCGGGGCCAAGUCGCUGUCCAACGAGGGCAAGCGGCACGCGGCGCAGCAGGACGCGUACAACAAGCAGGCCUCGGAGCUCAUCUUCCGCGAGAACAACGCGCCGGGCCGCGUGGCGGACGACACGAUCGACCUGCACGGCCAGUUCGUCGACGAAGCCGAGGCGAUCCUAGGCGCGCGCAUCCGCGACGCCCGCGCCCGCGGCCAGCCCCACCUGCACGUCAUUGUCGGCAAGGGCAACCACAGCGUCGGCCAUGUGCGCAAGAUCGGCCCGGCCGUCGAGGCCAUGUGCCGCGACAUGGGCAUCCACUACGCCGUCGAGGAGAACGAGGGCCGCCUCUACGUCGACCUCACCGGCGGACAGGUCGGCGCCGUCCCCCCCCCGCUGCCGCAGCAACCGGCCGGUCACCAAGGCGGCUACGCAGGCACCGCGGCGGGAUACCCCGGCGCGCAGCAUGGUGGUGGUUAUCAGCCUCAGCAGCAUCAACAACCAUAUCAACAACCACACCAACAGCAGCAGCAGCAGCAUUACCAACAACAGCAGCAGCAGCAGCAGCAAGGCGACGGGGUCGAAGAACUAGCGAAGAAGUUCUUGCCCAAGAUAGUGCGCGAGCUGAAGGCUUGCUGUAUUGUUAUGUGAGCCUUGUCAACGGCCAUCAACUUGUUUUAUUUACCUUCGCCGCUGAGGCCAUAUACUCGAUCUUGCGGCAUUGGGUAGAGCCGGGCGAUCCAGGGGGAGUUGGGUAAGGACUUACCGGGUUUUGGGAUAUUAUGCCAACACAUAAUAUAUUUGUGUGCUGUUAUCGAUAGCGUUCAGAAUUCACCAGUUCUAGACUAUCGAUCGUAUUUUUGAAGUACUAUUCGGUACUAACAAGCCUGGUGACUGUUUUGGUCCGAUUCCUUGCUCUCUGGCCCUCACGACCCUCAAUGUCUCGGUUUGGAAGUCUGGAAGAGCAACUGUCAAGUCCUCCUGCUUUCCUAAUAGGAGUCUUUGGUUUUGUUUCUGCU